AUGUAUCCCCUGUCCCUGUCUCCAUCUCUCCCUAUCUCCCUCUAUCUCUCCCUGUCUCCCUCUAUCUCAAACACAUGUUUUGUUUUUCAUAGAUAUAUUUUUGAGAUCUCCAGAAGAUACCCCAAAGCAUUAGUUGUUGUAAUCCUUGAAGCAACUAAAAACUAUAACAAAAUCUUGGAAACUUGCUGUGCAGCAGCUGAUAAAGAUGUCUGUAUCAAUGAAAAGGCAACAGAAGCCAAAAAGAAAUUCAGGGAAAUACUUGAAGAACAGGAAUAUACUUGUUAUAAUCUGAAGAAAUAUGGAAAAGAUAAAUUACAUGCAUUGAAAUUUAUUGAGACACAUGAAAAGUUUGUCAAUGCUAAUCAGGAAACUAUAUCCCAUAUUGUUAAAGUUGUUGUGCACAUCUAUGAAGAAAUCUGUAAGGGGAAUUCCGUGGAGGUUUUAGUUGAUAGAAUAGCCCUGUCACAAUAUGCCUGUGAGCACAAAGAUGCUAUAUCUUCUAACAUUGCUCCUUGCUGUGAAAAGCCUCUGGUGGAAAGGCCAAACUGCCUUGCUACUUUAGAAAAUGAUGCAAGAUCUCCGGAUCUGCCCCCACCAUCUGGAGAAAUAUUAAAGGAGACAGAAGCAUGUAAAUCUUAUACUGAACAUAGAGAUGACUACAAGGAAAGCUUCCUCUUUACAUUAACAAGAAAUCAUCCUGAACUUUCUAAACUGAUUGAUCUGGAAAUUUUGCAUAAAUAUGAACAACUGUUGGAAAAAUGCUGCCAACUAGAAGACCACGUACAGUGUUUGCAUACAGGGGAAGAACAACUUAAAUCAUACAUUACUAAGAUUAAUGAAGUUGUGAAGAAUAAUUGUAAUAAUUAUAAAGAAAUAGGAGGGUACUUCUUCCAAAACGAAUAUUUGAUCAAGUAUAGCAAAAUUAUACCACAGGCUCCAACUUCUAAGCUGAUUGAGUUGACCGAAAAAGUGGCAAAGGUAGCUGAGAAAUGCUGCCAUUUAGAUAGCAAUCACCAAGUCUUAUGUGCUUUAGAAAAUACAGAUAAAGUGAUAGGAUCUAUAUGUAGCUAUCAUGAGGAACAUCAUACAAACAAACAAAUUUGCCAUUGCUGUGACUCCUCCUUUAUCAGCCGUUGGGAAUGUAUCAAUAACUUAGGACCAGAUCCAUCCUAUGUCCCUCCUCCAUUCAAACCUAAAACACUGGAUGCCCCCGAGAAUUUGUGCUCACCUAAUGAAGAGACUGUGCAGAAAAGUAAGCAAAGUUUGCUUAGUGACUUGAUAAAAUCCAAACCUAAUAUCCCAGAUGAAGAGCUUGCCGUUGGAAUCCUAGCUUUCCGUGAGCUCCAAACAGAUUGCUGUGCAGCUGAAAACAAAAAAGAAUGCUUUGACACAAAGGGUCAAAAACUGGUUGAACAGCUUCAAAGUGGUCAUAUAACUGAGUAACUAUCUUAGCUUCCACAAUGGAAGAAUGCUGGAGAUAAAGAAUCCAAACAUCCCCAAGCAUCUUUGGUUGCUGCUUUCAUGUCAGCCUUCUAAUGUCAAGGAUCUCCAAUUUGAUUCUUGGCUAAACAAUUAUUUCUUAUGAAAGUGUCACCAUCUUUAAAAUGAAAAUAAAUAAAAGCUUUAAAAAGAAA